GUUGUUGUAGACAACAUGAAUUUAAUAAACAUGGAUUCUGAAAAUCGGGUUGUCCUCAAUGUCGGUGGUAUCCGUCAUGAAACGUACAAGGCGACCUUGAAAAAAAUACCUGCCACUCGACUCUCUCGUCUCACUGAAGCACUUGCAAAUUAUGAUCCAAUUUUGAAUGAAUAUUUCUUUGAUCGUCAUCCAGGCGUUUUUGCACAAGUGCUCAAUUAUUACAGAACUGGAAAAUUACACUAUCCAACUGAUGUCUGUGGACCUUUGUUCGAGGAGGAGUUGGCUUUCUGGGGGCUUGAUUCGAAUCAAGUUGAACCAUGUUGUUGGAUGACAUAUACACAGCAUCGAAAUACUCAAGAAACACUAGCAGUUUUAGAUAGAUUAGAUUUAGAUACCGAUAAACCUUCCGAAGAAGAAGUAGCUAGAAAAUUUGGAUAUGAAGACGCUUUUGUGAAAGGUCACGUGAGCUGGUGGCAACAUAUGAAGCCGCAAAUAUGGUCCUUAUUUGAUGAGCCAUACAGUAGCAAUGCUGCAAAGGUUGUAGGCAUAAUUUCCGUAUUUUUUAUUUGUGUAUCGAUUGUAUCAUUUUGUUUGAAAACACAUCCGGACAUGCGAGUGCCAGUAAUUAAGAAUGUAUCUGUGAAAAAUGUUAAUCAUACAUCAGAUUGGUAUUUGGACAAAGAGGAAACAAAUGCACAUCUGUUCUUCUUCUAUAUCGAAUGCGUGUGUAACGCUUGGUUUACAAUCGAGAUAAUGAUACGAUUUAUAUCAUCGCCGAGUAAAUUGAGAUUUAUUAUAUCAUCUGUGAAUAUAAUUGAUUACAUUGCAACACUUAGUUUCUUGUGA